UCCAAGUAACCAAAUAUAUCUCCUCAGCUUGUACGAUGUCGUUUCAGAGCUGAGACUUCUGUUUUGAACCAUCGUCCCCGAACAACAUUGCAAACCUCACAAACUUUUGGGUUUUGGCCAAAAAGACUUUUCCUUUUUUCUCCCGAUUAGACGAAAGACGUGUUGGGAAUAGUCCACUUCGGGAGAAGGGGUGCUCUCCUAUCUUUUGAUUAGGAAAGCGUUGCAAAAUUCCAGUCUUUCCACGCUCCUCUCGCAAUCAACCUCUGAGAAGUUGUCAGAUUUGAAGGAUUUUGAUGGGCUCUGUGCUCAGAUACUCAAUAGUGAGUCUCGUCGACAUUGACACACUUAUUUGCAGCUGACAAUGCCCUUUUAUUUUUAGGCACCCGACAAAGAUGGAUAUAUGUUGCAAAGAUAUAAUCAGCAAUCUACCAGAAGCUCUGAUUUGUCACAUAUUGUCGUUUCUCACCACAAAGGAAGCAGCUUUGACUUCACUUCUCUCCCAAAAGUGGCGCUAUCUCUUUGCUUACAGACCAAAUCUUGAUUUCGAUGACUCUAUAUUAUAUCGUGAACAUGAAGUUCCUAUCCUAGAAUUGGAUGAGAAACACAGAGUGUUUAUGGAUUUCGUAGAUAGAGUGCUUGGUUUGCAGGGUAAUUCUACUAUUAAAAGCUUCUCUCUUCAGUGUCAAGAUGGUGUUUAUCCAGAUUGUGUCACUCGUUGGAUAACUAGUGUCAUGGAACGUGGAGUAUCAGAUCUUGAUUUACGCGUUACUCUGAAUUGGCACGAUGAUUCGAUGCCUGCAAGUGUCCUUGUGAGCAACUCACUGGUUAGGUUGAGAGUGGAAUCUGGAAAUGGUGUUAUCAUUCAUGUGGGAGAUGUUUUUCUUCCAAAGCUUAAGACUCUCUAUCUUGAUUUAGUUUUGUUAACAUAUUGUGGUUUCGAUAAUGCCCUUGGGAAGCUUAUCUCAUCUUGUCCUGUGCUUGAGGAACUAGUCAUGAUCAAUCUAUGCUGGCAAGGUUAUUGGAGGCGCCCUUUCUCUUCAAAAACCCUCAAGAGUCUAACUUUCUACUGUCAAGUGAUUGAUAAUAACCCGUUUACUGUUACAUUUGAUACGCCGAAUCUCGUCUACUUGGAAUACUCAGAUCAUAUUGCGGACGAGUAUAAAAAGGUGAAUUUUGAUUCACUUGUUGAAGCUAGUAUCGGUCUUCAAAUGACAAGUGUUCAGUAUGCACAUGCAACCAACGGGUAUAUGGUCGCUAAUGCAACAGAUCUUAUUAUGGGGAUAAGCAAUGUUAGGAUCCUUCACUUAUUUGACAGCACUCUUAAGGUUCUUACUUUCUGCUGUGAACAAAUACCCAUAUUCAAGAACCUGAAUCAUUUAAGUAUUAUGACUCACUGGGAAGUGGGAUGGGAAUCAUUGCCGGCUCUACUCAAGAAUUGUCCAAAUCUUGAAACCCUCGUCUUUGAAGGACUCCAUCACAAAAGUACAAUUAGAUGUGAGGACGUUGACGGGUGCCUAUGCAAAUCUUCUGAGAACAGUCCCACUUGCUUAUCAUCAAGCCCCGUAAAGAUUCUAAAGAUAUUGAAUUUUGGUGAGAUUUGUGAUUGCUAUGGUGAUGACAUGGAGAAGCAGAUGGAGCAAGUAGAGUAUUUCCUGGAGAAAAUGCCGAAUCUUGAACAAAUGAUAUUGUACUAUAGUACACCGAUCAAUGAAGAUGUGGAAAGCCAACUUCAGAGGCUAGUAGCUUCAGCCAAGGCCAGUGUCCAAGUCCAACUAAUCUCUGAAUAACUUCAGCGUAUCUACUAAUCUUCCUUUCCUUGUAACGUAAAUGGGAGAUUAUCCUCUUUUUUUAAUCUCGGAGAAGAUCAACAAAGCUUUUAUUCUAUUUUGUUCGAGUUCUGUUAUGUGUUUGUAUAUACUUCAUGUUUUCUCAAGACUUCCAAGAUAUUAAUUAUCAAAGCUAUUGUUCUA